UCCUUCCCAUCGUUGAACGUCGCCUUAAGUUGGGUCUAGGUUCAUUUUACAGGAACUUGGCCAGACGCUGUUAUAAUCGUUUGAUAAAUAAACAACCAAUUUUUGUUCUCAGUUUCGCCCAUACAAAAGAUUCGAUUUUUUUCCCCUGAAUCUAGUGACAACUGAAGAAUUCCAGAAGUACGAUCCAUCCAUCCAUCCAUCGGUAGUGAGAUGACAUCUGCUUGGAACUCUUUUCAUCUUGAAGUUCUGUCCAACGUAUUAGGAUGGACUGCUUUCUUUGCUUGGUCGAUCAGUUUCUAUCCUCAGGUCAUAUUGAAUUUCCGAAGGAAAAGUGUGGUCGGACUGAACUUCGAUUUCGUGGUGCUCAAUUUGACAAAGCACUCAUCUUAUCUCAUUUACAACGCAUCCGUCUUCUUUAGCUCCGCUGUUCAGAGACAAUACCAUGAGAAAUAUGGCUUCAAAGAGAUGAUACCUGUGGCGGCAAAUGAUGUGGCUUUUUCAAUACAUGCUGUUCUAAUUACUGCCUUUACCCUGUUCCAGAUUGCAAUUUAUGAGCGUGGAAACCAGAAGGUGUCAAAGAUUAGUUAUGCCAUUGUUUUCGUUGCAUGGUUUGCAGCUGCUGUUUGCUGCUUAGUAGCUUUGCCAAGUCAUUCAUGGCUUUGGCUAGUGUCCUGCUUCAACACAUUGCAGGUUACUAUGACAGUCAUCAAGUACAUCCCUCAGGCUGUUAUGAAUUUCCGACGUAAGAGUACAAUUGGAUUCAGUAUUGGCAACAUCUUGCUUGAUUUAGUGGGAGGAUUAACAAACUAUGGACAAAUGAGUGUGCAAUCUAUUGAUCAGAAUUCUUGGGUGAACUUCUAUGGAAAUAUAGGAAAGACGUUGCUGUCUCUGGUCUCAAUUUUCUUUGAUCUGGUCUUCAUCUUUCAACAUUAUGUGCUUUAUCCGGCAAAAAAAACUGAUUCCUCGUCCCCUCACUUUACCCCUGAAAGCAAGGUUGAGCCGCUCGUGAAACCUUCUGAUGUUGAUUCCCUUCAAUCAGAAAACGUUUAGCAACUUGUCGAAAAUUGUCUUCUUCCUUUUAUAUGCAACUUAAAAUGUAAAUAGUACAUUAUCAUCUAUUUGGGAUAAAACUCCAUGAUAUUUGGCAAAAACAUAAGCUGUCUGUCUAUUGCAUGUAUCUUUCUUUA